AUGAGUGUUUCAUUUGCAGCUUUAUUUUUUGUCUAUGCUGUGAACACACGACACAGAGAUGUCUUUCUAAGCUCGAUAAACACGAAUGAUCUUCGUCUAGGAAUUGCUGACGUGACAUCUAUUUCACUAUGCUGUUUAUUUCGCAUUAAGAGCGAAAUCGGUGGCUUAAGCCCGCGAUUCGAGGUUUUGAUUCGGGUUGCUGGUAUAAUUGCUUGCUCAUCUUUUGCGGCCUAUAUGGUUGGAAAUAUGCUCAUCGCAGUCAAUCGAUACUCUGCACUACGCCUGAAAGAUCGAUAUGAAGAGGUUACUUUAUUUUUUGUCUAUGCUGUGAACACACGACACAGAGAUGUCUUUCUAAGCUCGAUAAACACGAAUGAUCUUCGUCUAGGAAUUGCUGACGUGACAUCUAUUUCACUAUGCUGUUUAUUUCGCAUUAAGAGCGAAAUCGGUGGCUUAAGCCCGCGAUUCGAGGUUUUGAUUCGGAUUGCUGGUAUAAUUGCUUGCUCAUCUUUUGCGGCCUAUAUGGUUGGAAAUAUGCUCAUCGCAGUCAAUCGAUACUCUGCACUACGCCUGAAAGAUCGAUAUGAAGAGGUUUGGAGCCGAAGAAAUGUAUGGAUUAUAAUAGGACUACAAUAUGGCUGUGCCUUUGCAGCUUUCACUCCGCUAUUCGAAGCAGAGCACAUAUUUCUCCAAAAUGCUGAUGGAACUUAUGGGUGUGGAUAG